AUGACAACUUUAAUCACUCCCUUACCUUCAUUAGAUGAUAAUAACUUACUGUCAUCGAUGUUGGAUAAUCCAAUAUCAUGGGACCAAGGUAUACAUAGACAAUCUACGAAAGAGUUGAAUUCAUUGAGAAUAGUUAAAAAUGGACCUCAAAGUCCACCAUCAUCAUUCCAACGAUUAAUCAACGGGAAACCCUCAACACCAAAAUCAGAUUCAUCACCAGCAUCAGACCCAGGAUCAGAUGGAGAAGAUGAAAAGAUAGGAAUAAAUGGUAAUGACCAAUCAUCUGGUUCUCCUUCACAACCGCCACGAUCAAUUCCCCAACAACAACAACUCACACCUAAACAAUCACAAUCACAAGCUUCAUCUUCCAAACUUCCUCCUCAGCCUACACCUGCAUUAACUCCAACAUCAACAUCUACAUCGAGAAUAUCAGAUAGCACGCCCCUUACGACAAAGAUAAAUCCUGAAGAUUUGUAUACGAUUCCAAUAGAUUCAAUAUGGCCUGAACCUAUUGCAUCGUUGAAAAGACCAGCUGCAGGUUUACAUAAUCCUUCAAUGGCAUGUUACGCCAAUGCUACUCUACAAGUAUUAUUACAUACUCCUCCGGUGUUGAAAAUCGCUAUAGAACACGAUGAAGCGCGCUGUUCACGUCAUACGAAAAACAUGUUUUGCAUGUUAUGCGAAUUGAGAGAAAUGGCUAUCGGUUCGCAUUGGGAUACAAGAAGAGCAUACAUUCCUCAUGUACACAAUUACCUAAAGUAUAUUAAAAAAGGUUUCAGCAAAAACAGACAAGAAGAUACACAUGAAUUUUUCAGAUUCGUAACGGAUGCCUUACAGGUUACUGCUCUGACCGGUCAACCAAAGGAUCUACCGGAAAAGAUCAAACAUUCCUCUUGGGUAUAUAAAGUGUGGGGUGGGAAAGUUCGUUCUAGGGUAGUCUGUUCAAGAUGUAAUAAACCGUCAGAUACUUUCGAUUGGUUCCUUGAUUUAUCGUUGGAUGUCAAUAAGGCCGGUCAAAAGAGCAUCAAGAAUAUGAUGAAUGGAUUUACACGAGAAGAUAAGCUGGAGGGGGAUAAUAAAUAUCACUGCGAUAACUGUAAAGCCAAAGCGAACGCUACCAAAACCUUCAAGAUCGACCAAGCGCCACCGAUCCUUACUUUACAUCUUAAACGAUUCAGCGUAGACUACAACUCUUACAGUGGCAGAGCUAGAGCCAAUAAAUUCAAUGGUCCUAUUGAAUACAGCGAGUUCCUGGAUAUCGCACCCUAUAUGGUUGAUCCAAAGGCCGGUGGAACGACUUAUCGUCUAUUUGGAGUAACAUGCCAUCGAGGAGUCGAACUUCGAUUCGGACAUUAUACAUCUUACGUCAAGGGACCUCAUGGACAAUGGUAUGAAGCCGAUGACGAUGAUAUGACACCCGUCAAACUGUCUCAGGUAUUAGGAGACAAGACAGCCUAUCUACUGAGCUACAUCAGAGUAUCAGAUGGAUCAAUGCCCACUCCAACUUCCACGCAGAAGACCAAUGGAUCAACAGAUGGUCACUUGCCGUCGCCUACUACCCCAAAAAUUGGUGAUAAGAGAUCGAGGCAAGAUGGAGAGGAAGACAUUGAAGAGGAAGAAGUGGAAGAGAAGGAGGUGAACAUUCUCAAGCCGAGAAAGUCCAUAAACGGCUUCAUUGAAUCUCAAAAGCCUAUGACUAUACGUAAAAGUACCCCACCUCAGUCACGACCGUCGACAUCACAGCAAGGACAAGAAGAGAAAGAUCUAUCACUGCCACCACCACUACCAACGCCUACCAAGUUCGGUUCUUUACUUCCACCUAAACAGACAUCCUCAUCCCCGAAGAUUUAUGCACCUAAACCUAUCCCUCCCAAUCAAUUUUAUAACCACUCCACUAAAUCUCCAAUAUCACGUCCACCUCAUCCUCGUCCAGAUUCAUCAUCCAUAUCCUCCCAAUCUAAUUCGGUUAAGAUGAGCAAGAAAGAUCUCAAGAAAAUGGCGAGAUUUGAGAAGAAGAAUAAGAAGAAAUUGGGAUCAUCACAUAGUCACGGACAUGGAAAUGGAAAUCCUUAUAAAGCCGCAACACUCGGCAGUAAAGAGUCAAAAACAAAAUGGGGAAAGAUGAAAGGCAGAUCAUGA